AUGACUGCGCAUUUGUACGCCGACUCCUUUCUUCAAUCUCCCAUUUUCGCCCAGCCCAAACUCCGCUCCCUAAAACCCCACAAAAGCUCCGUCCUCAGAUGCGCGGCCAAACACGAACCCAACGGCCGGACCAGCAAUGGCGGAAACCCACUGCCCGUCGACUUCGCGACCGACGCCAGGCCUUCCCACCUCCCACUUUACAGCGGCCUCGAAGAAAACGAUUAUCUUAAGCUCCUUGGCAGUUCCUGCAAAGACCGAAAGUACGGCGAGGCCCUCUAUUUCCUCAAGUCCAUGGUCAAUUCGGGCCACAAGCCUGACGUCAUCCUGUGCACCAGGCUCAUCCAAGGCCUUUUCGAGUCCAAUUGCCCUGGCAAAGCUGUCCAGGUCAUGGGCAUUCUCGAGAGGCACGGGGAGCCCGAUCUAUUGGCCUACAACGCCCUCAUCAGCGGCCUCUGCAAAUCCAACCAGAUCGACUCGGCCAAUCGGAUCCUGGAGCGGAUGCGGGCCCGCGGGCUCUCGCCCAACGUUGUCACUUACAACAUUAUGAUCGGCAGUCUCUGCCGCCGGGGGAAGCUCGAUCGAGCCAUGAGCAUGCUGGAUCGGUUAAUGGAGGAUGGUCUCCUGCCGACAGUCAUCACGUACACCAUUAUAAUCGAGGCCACCAUUCUCCAAGGCCAAACAGACCAUGCCUUGAAGCUGUUCGACGAAAUGCUCGAGAGAGGGCUGCAGCCUGACUCGUGCUCGUGCAACACUAUAAUCAAGGCAUUGUGCCGGGAAGGGCUAAUGGACGUGGCCUUCAAGUUCAUCCGAGACCUGACAAGCAGAGGAUUCGAGGUGAAGGUGAUUUCGUACAAUGUCCUGUUACGAGCCCUGUUAGAUCAGGGGAAAUGGAGUGAUAGCGGGAAACUAGUAAAGGAAAUGUUCUCGGCUGGGUGUGAACCGGAUUUGUUCACUUACAGUUUCUUGAUACGUGCUUUGUGCGAAGACGGGCAUUUGUACGAAGCUGUUACCCUUUUGAGGAUAAUGAAAGACGAGGGCUUAACUCCCGAGACUCACACUUACGGCCCGUUAAUCUCUGCCCUCUGUAAAAUGGGCCGAUUAGAUCUCGCUAUCGGGCUCUUGGAUUAUAUGGCUUCGAGCGGGUGUUACCCGGAUAUAGUCAACUACAACACGAUUCUCAAUGCCUUGUGCAAAAACGGGAGCCUGGACGAGGCCUUGGAGGUUUUUUCUAAGCUCUCGCAAAACGGGGGCCCGCAUAAAGUUACCACUUACAACAUAAUGAUAAGCGCUUUGUGGAACAAUGGGGAUCGGGACCGGGCCUUGGGCCUCGUCUCUGAUAUGAUUUCAAACGGGAUUGACCCGGAUAACAUCACGUAUAACUCGCUUAUUUCGUGUCUGUGCCGCGAAGGGAUGGUUGAUGGGGCGAUUGAGCUUUUGAAGGAAAUGGAGGAAAGGAAUGGCUUUUUGCCGACACUUGUUACGUACAAUACCGUGCUUCUUGGGCUUUGCAAAGCCCGUAGGAUUAGCGAGGCUGUUUUGAUGCUGGAGGAUAUGAUAUAUAAGGGUUUUAAGCCGAACGAGAGUUCGUAUAAUAUUGUAAUUGAAGGUAUUGGGUUCGCGGGAUGGCAUGUGGAGGCCAUGGAGCUUGCCAAUGCUCUGUGUAAGAAAAAUGCUAUUACUAGUGAGUCGUGGAGACGUUUACAUAAAAAAUUUCCGGUUAGCGUCGUUUAUGGAGGAUUUACGAGAACAAAAGUCGAAAGCUGA